AGAUAAACCCGGAAGUCGGAACUUAGCGAAGGCGGAAGCGAAUUGAAUUUCCGCGGGUGAUUUGUCUUGUUUUCUUAUUUUACCUUUAACCCGUUGUUCUAAUAAUAUCAUGACAUCACACAGUAACACGUGUUAAUACAGCGCUGCUUCACAUAGGGGAAAAAACAGCAGCGCGUUAGCUUUGUGGCUAAGCUAACCAGAGGAGCAGUAGGUGACGCUAGCAAGCCAGGCUAACGUGAUGCUAGCUCAGGUUUAGGUUGUGUCAGUGGUGGAGGAUUCAUUGUCAUGUCUCUGAGCUCAGUUCACGCGACACUGACGACUCUGAAGUCAUGUCAGACAGACAUCGGGACAGGGAUGGACAUAGUGACGGAUGUGGCCAUGGACCUGGCGGAGGCUCAGGAUGGAGAGGUGAAUCCGGGUGUUAAAGAGAUGGAGGCCAUGAUUCUGGAGUGUGCCAAGCUGGACAGAGAGAUUAACUACUUUGUUGAUGUUGUGCAACAAGUCACAGGAGAGGUUGCCACGCAGCAGCCAGAGGCCAUGUUCAACCUGUCUGCCAAAGUGAAGGAGCAGUUCACUGAGAGAAUGGCCAGACUCUCCGAUGCUGAUCUGCACCGCCACCAGAAAGUGGUGGCCUUCAAGGAAAGCAUCAAGAACUCGCUCAACUCAGCCAACCAAGAGUCAGCAGAGAGCAUGGAGGAGCUGGAUGAGGACAUCGCUGUUACACAGAGCCAAGUCAACUUCACCUGCCCACUCACACAGGUGGAAAUGGUGAACCCAGUGAAGAAUAAGAAGUGUAACCACCACUAUGAUGAAGCAGCUAUACUGGGCCUGAUCAAAACAAAACACAGCAAUAAUAAGAAGUGCCGCUGCCCGGUGGUGGGCUGCGGGAACUCUGAUGUAAGAGAGUCAGACCUCAUUCUUGACCAGAUACUGAGGAGAAAGAUCCAGAGCCAGAAGAGACACAGCAACCGCACGUAGUGGCAGGAGGACCAAUCAUAAAAUGCCUUCGAGACUUCCUACGUUUUUAAUCUAUUUUAUCAAUGUUUGAGAGAAUGUACUUUUUUUUUUUUUUUUUUUGAUCGGUACCUCAGGAAAACACCAAUACAAGCCAGCCACCAGUUAAAGUUUUCUUAAAGAGUUGAUGGCUUUCUGUGUCUUAGCUGGAGUGUUUUAUACUCCAGACUUGUUUAAUUUAAUAAAACAUUCAAAUG